GGACGCUUCCCGUCGCCGCCCGGCGCUGGGGCCGGAGAGCGAGGCGAGCGGCGCGGCCGCGCUGGGCCGGGCAGGGCCCGGCGGGACUCGGGGCGCGCGGGGGCGCCAUGCGGGGGGUCCGGGCCGCCCCCUUCCGGCCGCGGCUGAAGCUGGUGCUGCUGCCUCUGCUAGUGCUGCUGUGCCACCGGACUCGGUCCCAGGGCAGCCCUGGGCCACUGCAGUGCUAUGGAGUUGGACCCUUGGGCGACCUGAACUGCUCGUGGGAAGCUGUGGGGGACCUGGGAGACCCCUCCAUGCUGCACCUCCAGAGCCAGAAGUACCAUUCCAACAGAACGUGGACUGUGCCAGUGCCUACCGGGCAGAGCUGGGUGACCAUCCCGCGGGAACAGCUUACCAUGUCUGAUGAACUGCUUGUCUGGGGUACCAAGGCAGGCCAGCCUCUCUGGCCCCCAGUCUUCGUGAACCUGGAAACCCGAAUGAAGCCAGGUGCCCCCCAGCUGUACCCCGAUGUCGACUUCUCAGAGGAUGAGCCCCUGGAGGCCACUAUCCACUGGGCCCCACCUGUGUGGCCACCCCAUAAGGUCCUGGUUUGCCAGUUCUACUAUCGAAGAUGCCAGGAGACAACCUGGACCCCGCUGGAACCGGAAGUGAGGUCCAGGCCCCUGUCCCCUGUUGAGAUCCAGGACCUGGAGCUGGCCACUGGCUAUGAGGUGCAUGGCCGCUGCCGAAUGGAGAAGGAAAAGAAUCUGUGGAGCGAGUGGAGCCCCGUUUUGUCCUUCCAGACGCUGCCCUCUGCUCCAAAAGACGUAUGGGUAUCCAGGAACCUCUGCGGGACACCAGGCAGACAAGAACCCCUGCUUCUGUGGAAGGACCGGGGGCGCUGCAUGCAGAUGAGCUACAGAGUCUGGUUCCAGGCUGAAGACCAGGAGCUGGUCCAGAAGACGGUUCCCUGCUGCAGCUCCUUCAUCCCAACCCAAGCCGAGUGGGUCGGGGUGUCUGCCGUCAAUGCCACGAGCUGGGAGCCUCUCACCAACCUUUCUCUGGCCUGCUUGGGUCCAGAUUUCGCCCCCCACGGCGUGGCGGUCAGCAACGUUGCCGGGAGCACGGAGCUGCUGGUGACUUGGCAGCGGGGGCCUGGGGAGUUGCAGGAGCACGUGGUGGAUUGGGCUCGAGACGGGGAUCCCCUGGAGGAUCUCAACUGGAUCCGGCUUCCCCCUGAGAACCUCAGUGCCCUAUUGCCAGGGAAUUUUGAAGGAGGGGUCCCGUACCGAAUCACAGUGACAGCAGUCUCUUCUUGGGGUUUGGCCCCUGCCCCCUCAGUCUGGAGGUUCAGAGAGGAACUGGCACCCCUAGCCGGGCCAGUGCUUUGGCGACUCCAGGAUGCACCCCCAGGGACCCCUGCCAUAGCGUGGGGAGAGGUCCCAAGGCACCAACUCCGGGGCCAUCUCACCCACUACACUUUGUGUGUACAGAGUGGGACCAGGCCUUCUGUCUGCAUGAACGUCAGUGGCAGCACCCGGAACAUCACCCUGCCCGACCUUCACUGGGGUCCUUGUGAGCUGUGGGUGACCGCAUCCACCAUCGCAGGACAGGGGCCACCUGGUCCCAGCCUCCGGCUUCACCUACCAGAUAACACCCUGAAGUGGAAAGUUCUGCCAGGUGUCUUUCUCCUGUGGGGCUUGCUCCUGACGGGCUGUGGCGUGAGCUUAGCCACCUCUGGAAGGUGCCUCCACCUUCGGCACAAGGUACUGCCCCGCUGGGUCUGGCAGAAGAUUCCGGAUCCAGCCAAUAGCAGUUGUGGCCAGCCCCACAUGGAGGAGGUGCCUCAGGCUCAGCCCCCUGGCGACUUCCCCAUCCUGAAAGUGGAGGAGAUGGAGCCACUACCAGUUACGGAGCCCCCCCAGGCCUCCACCCAGCUGGACUCUGGCUAUGAGAAACACUUCCUGCCCACCCCUGAGGAGCUGGGUCUUCUGGGCCCGCCCCCAGGUCCCAAGUUCUGGCCUGAGCCCACCCCAGGCCAGGAGAGGGGUGUCCACUUGACAGAUGAAGACACUGAGGCUCAGAGAGGCUGAGUCACGUGCCUGAGGACACCCAGCCAGGAAGAACAGGUCGAAGGACCCCUACGAGAAGGGCCUGGCCCUACGGGAACUAUGUGGAUGGAGGAGGGAGCAAAGGAAAAUGUAUGGAAUCGAGCGGAGCUGCCUCCCCAGGUCUGUCCUGCUGCUGCUGACAGAACUGUAGCUGGGCGUCCCUGUCGCCUUCCCUGCAGCCAGGCGCAACCCUGGACCGAGUUCUCGGCGGCAGAACGCGAGUGGAAGUGCCCUGGGCUGAUGCCCAGACGAUGGCCCGGCGGGGACGGGGCUCCUCCGCAUUCCCUCCCCUGGCCCCCGACCCAGCUGUAGCCCCGCCGGAGGGGAACAUGGAGCAAGAGGUGUAAAGGAACCUCAGUCCCCAAGUGACUGCUGACUCGGAGCCUCCCCAGAGAAAUAUACGUUUACGUUUUAUAGCUACCGUAGCCGGGCGCUUUGGACGGCAGCCGCGUCUGAACUCACGCCGGCUCCGUCCCUGCUUCUAGCAGGAGCCGAGCCCUCGCUUUCCCACCGGGAGGUGGGAGGCAGUUCCGUGCCAACAACACACACACUCAAGCUG